ACCCGACUCGUACAGAGCCGUAGUACUGUACUAUUUCCUUGCUCACGGGUCGUCCCAGAUUCCGGAUCGAUGCCAUUCCGUCUGCUACGGUACUACUGCUCUAGUCCGAGUUUAAAAAAAAACUCUGCGGCUUUAUCGAGAUAGAUAGAUUUAUAUAUCGGCUAAUGUUCCGGUGCAUGUCCGAUUCCCGAUCUGAGGCGACAUUUUCGGUGAAUGAGGAAAAUCUAAGCAAAUCUGAUAUAGAUAGAAGUCGUGGAGUAAGAGAAUUGUUGGAAGAAUGCAAGGUUUUAGAGCCAAAUGUGGAGUAACGGCUGUUGUGAUAUUGGCCAUAUGGAUUGGUCUGGCAGCUUUGUAUGGUCUGUUAAAACCCAUUUCGAAUGGCUGUGUUAUGACCUACAUGUAUCCCACGUAUAUACCGAUAUCCACAACCGAAGGCGUUUCCUCUGCAAAGUAUGGGCUGUAUUUGUACCAUGAGGGCUGGAAAAAGAUUGAUUUUAAGGAGCAUCUUAAGCAGCUUAAUGGGGUUCCGGUGCUUUUCAUUCCGGGUAAUGGCGGUAGCUUCAAACAGGUACGAUCUUUGGCCGCUGAAUCGGACAGGGCGUAUCAAGGAGGUCCGUUGGAGCGUGCAUUUUAUCAUGAAGCUUCCUUAACUCGUGAAGAGGGAGGUGUAGAUGCAGAUGUAGCUGGCUUUCAGUUACCUAACCAGUAUACAAGGCAGUUGGAUUGGUUUGCCGUUGAUCUUGAAGGAGAGCAUUCUGCUAUGGAUGGUGGUAUACUUGAAGAACAUACAGAGUACGUUGUGUAUGCCAUUCACCGGAUAUUAGACCAGUACAAAGAAUCUUUUGAUGCUAGAGAAAAAGAAGGUGUUGCAGCCUCUGGUUCUUUGCCAAAAAGUGUGAUAUUAGUUGGUCAUUCUAUGGGUGGGUUUGUCGCUAGAGCUGCAAUUAUCCAUCCUCGUUUGAGGAAAUCGGCAGUUGAAACUGUUCUCACACUUUCAAGUCCUCACCAAUCACCUCCUCUGGCAUUGCAGCCUUCAUUGGGUUAUUACUUUGCACGUGUAAAUAAUGAAUGGAGAAAGGGAUAUGAGGUCCAGACAACUCGAGGAGGACAUUAUGCAUCUGAUCCUGUACUUUCUCGUGUGGUUGUUAUAUCAAUUAGCGGUGGUUAUAAUGAUUAUCAGGUAAGGUCGAAAUUGGAGUCUCUUGAUGGUAUUGUGCCUCCUACCCAUGGUCUUAUGAUCAGUAGUACAGGCAUGAAAAAUGUCUGGUUGUCAAUGGAACAUCAGGCGAUUUUAUGGUGUAAUCAACUAGUUGUCCAAGUCUCACACACUUUACUUAGUUUGAUAGACUCGAGAACAAGCCAACCAUUUGCUGACACUAGAAGAAGAGUAUCAAUAUUCUCUAGAAUGCUGCGCAGUGCUAUACCCUACAGUUUCAAUUGGAUGACACAAUCACGCUACUCUGCUGCCUCAAAGGAUGUAAAAAAUUCAGAUGGAUCUAUAGUGCACCCUUCAAAUUCUUGUCCAAGCAAUAUGCACUGGAGUGAGGAUAGUCUUGAGAGGGACCUUUACAUUAAUACGACCACUGUCACUAUUCUAGCCAUGGAUGGUCGCAGGCGGUGGUUGGACAUACAGAAAUUGGGAUCAAAUGGAAAAAGCCACUUCAUCUUUGUAACAAAUCUGGAUCCAUGUACUGGUGUUAGACUUCAUUUAUGGCCUGAAAAGGGAAAGUCAGCUUCAGACUUUCCCAGUUGUAAAAGAGUACUUGAAGUGACAUCAAGAAUGGUUCACAUUCCAUCAGGACCUGCACCAAGACAGAUUGAACCAGGCAGUCAGACUGAGCAGCCUCCACCUUCUGCUAUAUUUUUGUUGAGACCUGAGGAUAUGCGUGGUUUCAGAUUCUUAACCAUCUCAGUUGCACCACGUCCGACCAUUUCAGGCAGACCUCCACCAGCUGCUUCCAUGGCUGUGGGACAGUUUUUCAAUCCAGAAGGAGUGAUGGAUAUUUCUCCUUGGUUGAUGCUUCAGUCUACCUAUUCUCAUAAGGAAAUGUUUUUGAAGGAGGACCAUCCUCUUGCUUUAAAUCUAUCGUUCGGCAUUAGCUUAGGCCUUCUUCCUGUUUCCUUGUCUUUGAAGACUGCAGGAUGUGGAAUUAAAAAUUCACUUCCAGAUGAAGAGGCCGCAGAUGUUGAAAGGCUUUGUAAACUACGUUGUUUCCCACCUAUAGCAUUCGCUUGGGAUUACAUAUCAGGUCUUCACGUGUUUCCAAAUUUACAGAGGGAGACGAUUGUUGUUGACUCCUCACCGGCACUUUGGAGUUCAGCUCCGAGUUCCGAGAAGACAAAUGUUUUGUUGCUGGUGGAUCCACAUUGUUCAUACAAAACUACCGUUUCUGUUUCUUUCAUACAAGUCGCUAGUAGAUUUUUUCUCAUAUAUAAUCCACAAAUAGUUGGUUUCUCUGUCGUUGUUAUCUUUUUUGCUCUGAUGCGGCAAGCACAUGCGUGGGAUCUUGAUCUGCCAAUACCUUCGAUGCUGACAGUAGUGGAGACAAAUUUGAGAUUUCCGCUGCCAUUUCUCUACCUGGGCAUUACACCCAUUUUGCUAUCCAUGUUCCUUUCCUUUUUCAUGUCUCAACCACUUCCACCGUUUGCCAGCUUCACCUUUGUUUCCUUGAUUUGUUAUUUUCUUGCAAAUGGGCUUGUAAUAGUUCUGAUAUUGAUAUCCCAACUGGUCUUUUAUGUGGCUGCUGUCAUACAUAUAUUCAUCAAAACGAGGUGGCAAUCAUGGGAAGGAAAUGUCUGUUCUGUGUUUAUUCACUGGUUUUUCAAUCUGUCUGCUGGCUUCUCUUCAUUAAAGGUAUAUGUGGUGAGGGUUUUAAGAGUCAAUCCGUCCCUUGUUACGGCACUUUCUGCAAUUACCUUGGCGUGCUUGGUUCAUCCAGCCUUAGGUCUAUUCAUACUCCUUUUCUCUGAUGCUUUGUGCUGUCAUAAUGCACUUUCUAGUUUUUUGACGGCUUCAUUUCGCAGCCAUGCACGGAACAAUGAUGUAUUUGAUUAUAAAAAAGGAGACAGUGAUGGGUCUGAGCAACUUCCCUUCACAUUUGAUGGUUCCCCUUUGAAAGAGAGCUGUUCUAACAGCUCAGACUCUUCAAAAAGUUACAGUGAAACACAACUAGAGCUCUUCCAUCAUAGGCAUGGUUUGUUGGUUUUACACCUCGUUGCAACUCUGAUGUUUGUACCGUCCCUUGCAGCUUGGUUGCAGAGAAUAGGGAUGGGUGAGAGCCUCCCUUGGUUUCUGGAUUCAGUUCUUUGCACUGGUGUGAUCCUUCAUGGCAUUUGCAAGUCAAAGCCUGAGUAUAAUUCCUUCUCGUUUUCAUUUCCUGGCAUUCCACUCCUGGAAGUGAGGUUGAACCUUGUCUACCUGAUUGCUGGAUACUUUUCCUAUCUCUCUGGCCUGGCCUUGGCUCCAUACAGAGUUUUUUACGUUAUGGCUGCUAUAGGUUUCAUUUCUUUUGUUUUGAGGAUUUUACAAAUAAGAAACAGGGACAAGGGAGAGACUCCUUUCGGUAGCCGAAAGCACUCACAUAGACACUGAGCGAGCGUCUUCAUAAGCUACACAUUUAUACUAUUCACUGAUCCAGAAGGCUUCCUGUCCAAAUAUGUUGCGAUAUGUGGACUUGAUGAAAGGUGGAUGUUUUAUCGAACAUGAAACAAACACAAUACCGUAGAUUCAGCUUCAGAUUUGUCCGAUUUGUAAGAUACAAGCAAAUGUCCCCGGUGAUGAAAUAGUCAACACGAGUGAAAGGAAGAAAUUUUUUCUUGUAAAUUGAUGAGCACUUUGAUCAUGUACUAGAGCUUUUUCUCAAUGGCUUGAGGAUUUUGUGAUCUUACUUUUAGGACAUCAAUGAUUCAAUUCUGCUAUGUUACUGUAGGAAUGAGUUGAUUUGCUUAGCACCUUUAGUGGAAAAGGGGCCAUUGGUUUGAACUUUCAUGUUAUAACAAGCCAUUAAUAUCUGAGAAA